CGCCGAAACUUACCCGAGCGUCAGCUGACCCAGCCGCCAGACCCGGACUGCUCCGUCAUUGCCGGCCAGCUCCGGGCCCAGUCGCAGCUCCAGCGCCCCCAGCCCCGCCGCCGCCGCCAUGCAGCCCUCCAGGCUGUGCCUUUGGCGCGCCUUCCUGCUCUGCUGGGCCGCCGCCCUUCUGGCGCCCGCCAGCGCCCUCCUCAGAAUCCCCCUGCACAAGUUCAAGUCCAUCCGGCAGACCCUGAGGGAGUCAGGCGGCCCCCUGGAGCUGGCCCAGGAGCCCCUCUCCAAGUACACGCUGGGGGCCCCCCCUGGCAACGGAGGCCCCAUCCCAGAGAUGCUCAAGAAUUACCUGGAUGCUCAGUACUACGGGGUCAUCGGCAUCGGGACCCCCCCGCAGAAGUUCACCGUGGUCUUUGACACCGGCUCCGCCAACCUGUGGGUGCCGUCCAUCCACUGCAGCCUGUGGGACAUCGCCUGCUGGCUCCACAGCAGGUACAACGGGAACCUGUCCAGCACCUACGUGAAGAACGGCACCAACUUUGCCAUCCAUUAUGGCUCGGGCAGCCUCUCGGGCUACCUGAGCCAGGACACGGUCACUCUCGGCUCCCUGGAGGAGGCCGCGCACCUCAAGGUGGAGAAGCAGACCUUCGGGGAGGCCAUCAAGCAGCCCGGGGUCACCUUCAUCGCCGCCAAGUUCGACGGCAUCCUGGGCAUGGCCUACCCCCGCAUCUCGGUGGACAACGUCAUGCCCGUCUUCGACAACCUCAUGGAUCAGAAGCUGGUGGACAAGCAAGUCUUCUCCUUCUACCUGAACAGGGACCCCAACGCCCAGCCCGGCGGGGAGCUGACGUUCGGGGGCACGGACAGCAAGUACUAUAAGGGGGACUUCACCUACCUCAACGUCACGCGCAAGGCGUACUGGCAGAUCCAUAUGGACAUGGUGAAGGUGGAGAACGGGCUGACCCUGUGCAAGGACGGCUGCGAGGCGAUCGUGGACACGGGCACCUCCCUGAUCACGGGCCCCGUGCAGGAGAUCAAGGCGCUGAACAAGGCCGUGGGCGCCGUCCCCCUGGUGGGAGGGGAGUACAUGAUCUCCUGUGACAAGGUGACCAGCCUCCCGCCCAUCUCCUUUGUGCUGGGCGGCAAGAACUUUAAACUCACGGGCGAACAGUAUGUCCUCAAGGUGAGCCAGGGUGGGCAGACCGUCUGCCUGAGCGGCUUCAUGGGCAUGGACAUCCCUCCCCCGGGGGGGCCCCUCUGGAUCCUGGGCGACGUCUUCAUCGGCCGCUACUACACCACCUUCGACCGGGACAACAAUCGCGUGGGCUUCGCCACGGCCUGCUGAGCGCCCCCUCGUUGCCCGCCAGGACGGGGGGCUUCUGGCGGAGGAAUGGAGAGAGAACGUGGUCCGGAGAAGCCCCUUGCCGCCCCCCAGCCCCCACGACGCCCCCACUGAUGCCCCCGCCCCCAUACUCCGUGUAUUCCCCUCCCCCCCCCGCCCCCAGGCACAAAAGGGCCACGGCUGCUGCUGAGCUUUGGCUGCGCCUUUGGACACAGAGGGAGCUGGGGGCUUGGCUCAGCCCCUCAGCCUCUCCUUAACCCCGAAACUUGGGGCUUCGCCCCCCACUCCCCCUUGCUCAAGGCUGAGCCGAGCUGAGGGUGUCGGCCGGGGCCCCGCAGGCCUGGGGGGGCCCGGGGCAGGCCGCGUCCUGCCUGAGCCCCUGGAGCCCCGCCCUGGGCCCCUCUCACUCCCUGAUUGCCGACAGGCAGAGUGAAAAUACAGGUUUUGGGGGGACCUUU